AUGUCGCAGACGAAGCUUAUCUCGUCAGCAGACGAUACUCGCAUUUAUGCAAACGCUAUAGGAAACGCGUCGAACCCCGUGCUAGUCUUCAUACAUGGAUUUUCUGCGGACAGCACUGUUUUCAAUGACAUCUUUCAUAGCGCGAAGAACUCCACUAGUUUCUAUCUGGUGCGCUAUGACUUGCGCGGCGCUGGCAGGAGUGGCAAGCUGACCACUGUGGAAGGCUACGCGUCCAAGAAGUUUGCAGAAGACUUCGCUGCUGUGAUGAGCGCUUUUCAGCUGCAAAAGCCUAUCACUGGGUGGAGCAUGGGAGCAAUAGUCGUCAAUGACGUCCUCUCCCACCUCCCUGUCGGCACGCUCACAGGCGCUGUCUGCAUUGCGGCCUCACCAUGCACCACGCCCAAGAUCAUCGCGUCCUUCAACCCCAUUGUCAGACCAACCCGCCUCGGUCUCUUCUCCACAGACGUAGCCAUCGCCGAGCGCGCCAAUCUCGCCCUUGUCCGCAUCCUUUUCCUCCGGGACUCGUCCCCUUCAGAGAGCUUUAAGGGUAACACGAUGCGCGCGCUUGAACAAGGCAGCGACUUCCGCGAAGACAACCCGGUCGUGACGUGGGAAACGCGUAGUCUCGUGCUCGGAGCGUCUUGCCUCACGCCAGUAGCACAAAAAAAGCUCCUCGCGACACGCGAGCACGACACCACGGCGGCGCUCGCAGCGAUGCGGGAAGGCUUCCCGCUGUUGGCGAUCGUGGGCUCAAAGGAUGCCAUGGUCAAUGCGCAGAAGUUUAGUGACGCUCUGAAGGAAGUUUGUACGAACGUCCAGGUAGAGGUUGUUGCGGAUGGCAGUCAUGCAGCAUUCCUCGAUGCACCGGAUCAGGUCAUGAGCUGGAUCUUCAAGUUCGCGGAGCGUUUCAACUGA